UUAUCUUCUAUUUAUUGGCUUCAGUCAAAUCUCUUGCGUUUCGCGUGGUAGUUUAGGGAUUUUCGCAAUGUGCAUUUGUAUUGUUUGAUCGCCGUAGCAGGAAUGGAGAGGCUGAAAUCCCUAAUCCCGGACGACUUGAAGCGGAUGAUCGGCGAGAGCACGCCGGAGAAUUUGACGAUCUCUUCUUCUCUGAUUCUUGACUUUUUACGCUCCUCGCCUCAGUUUCAGCAAGUUAUUAGGGAAUUGACAGAUCCUGAACUGGCACUCUGUCGGAAGAACAAGGAAGCUGCUUUGGAUUCGAAGCAGAAAGGAAACGAGUGUUUUACCCAGGGACAAUACGCUAAAGCUUUGACCUUUUACUCACAGGCAUUGCGUCAUGCCCCUGCAAGUUCCUCUGAGAUGGAUGCAAGUUUGGUUGCCACUUUAUAUGUAAACAGGGCUUCUGCUAUGCAUAAUCUAGGCCUUCUAAAAGAGUGCGUUCGAGACUGCAACCGAGCCAUUGCGAUUUUCCCUACUUAUGUCAAGGCAUGGUACAGAAGAGGGAAGGCAAAUGCUUCUUUAAAAAAUUAUGAACAUGCCAAACAUGACCUAGAAGUUGCUGCCAGUUUGGAAGAGAACUUGUUUAGGAAGAACCAAAUUAAAGGCGAGCUGGGUAUUGUGUUAAAAGAAUCUGAUAAGUCAAAUGUGACUGCAAUGGCAAACAAUGGUGGAAAAAAUGAGAAUGUAGACUCCUCAGCUCAGUUACAAUCUCUAUCACUUCAAUGUGUAUCAACACCAGAUAAAGGAAGAGGACUAACUUUUGGAAAUGACAUUCCUCCAGCUUCCUUAGUUCAUCAUGAACAACCUCUUGCUGCGAUUUUGCUGAAGGCUUACCGUGAAACUCGCUGCCACUUUUGCUUUGAAGGAGUACCAACUGAUCUCUUGUUCUGCCCUUCUUGUACCAUACCAGUGUACUGUUCUAAUUGUUGUUUGGAACAAGCUGUUGGGGAAGAAUCAUCAAGUAAAGCUGACAAUCAUUCUCCAAAGAAAAAUGUGUAUGUAGAUCUUGAGAAAUCUAUGGAUAGAUUUUCAAGUAAUGCCAGAAGUAUCGGAGUUAACAUGCCCAAUAAUCACAUUCCAGAACAUCAUCAUGAAUGUGGUGGUCUGCACUGGUCUGCUGUAUUGCCACCUGACAUUGUUUUAGCUGCCAGAAUAAUUGCAAUUUCUGUUGAAAAAUGGAAGGCUUUUGGGAGGAACUCUAGUCCCUUGGAUUAUUUGGACUUUGUCCACCAUUAUGCUCAAAAUUCUAUAAUUACUAAGUUGGAGUCGCAUGUCUAUGCAGUUGUCUUGUUGCACUGUUUGCAUCAUUUUUAUAAUUCAGAUUUCCCAUUCAGUGCGGCUUCUGUUGCCCAGUUGGUUCUGGUGAUAUCCCAGGUUAAGGUCAAUUCGAUGGCGGUUGUCCAUAUGAGAUCGUUAUGUGGAGAUGAGGCUUUAGGGAAGUUUACAAAUGCUUCAACCUCCAAGAAUUAUAUUACUCAAAGUACUGAACAGGUUAGAGUAGCGCAAGCUAUAUAUACAAAGGGCAGCUUGUUUAACCACUCGUGCCAGCCUAAUUCUCAUGCUUAUUUUAUUUCCCGUACGCUCUUUGUACAUUCUAUAGAACUUGUACCAGCAUGGAGUCCACUUGAGCUGUCUUAUGGUCCUCAGGUGGGACAGUUAGAUCUUCAAGAUAGGCAGAAGUUGCUCGAAGAGCAGUACUCCUUCCAAUGCCAAUGCUUUAGUUGCUCCACAGUGAGCCUUUCAGAUCUUGUUAUUAAUGCUUUCAGAUGCAUUCAGCCUCAUUGUCUCGGUGUGGUCCUAGAAGCUGCUUAUGACAAACUGCUCGAGGACAAGUCCUUGCAAGUUUCUAAUGGACUUUGCAAUUUUAAAAUUUCUUUACAUUUGCCGAGCCAUGAAAAAGAAGUAUAUAGUGUUGCAAGAAUGUUGCUUCGUGAAAGAGGUGCCAAGAGUCACUUUGCUGUUGGCCGGUGUUUGAGUUGCGGUUCCUAUCGAAAUUUGAAGGAUUUAUCUGCAGCAUCUAAAAGCUAUGCAGCAAAAAUUCAGAGGUUAAAGGAUUCUUUGGAUUCAGACGAAGUUCCUGAUUCUUUUGUUCCAGAUAUGCUGAAUUCUCUUGUUCAGCUCAGAUCAGUAAGGCAUCCAUAUAGUAAGAUUGUCGCAGAGGCUGAGGAUAAUGUUGCAGAGGCAUUUGUUAGAAUUGGAGAAUUCAAACUGGCAGAAGAACACUGUAUCGCUUCCAUUAAGAUCCUCGAGAAGCUUUACCCUGCGAAUCACGUCGUCAUGGGACACGAGCUGAUGAAGUUGGCCUCCGUUCAACUCUGCUCCGAUGAUUACUCUGGUGCAUCAAGCAGCGUUGAACAAGUAGAAUCCAUUCUCUCGCUUCAUUACGGAUGUCAUUUGGAUCGUAUGUUUCCACACCUGAAGCUCCUCAAGAGAGAGGCUGAGAGAUCUGCUUCUUAGACAGAUGUCCUUGCUACAAAUCCUGUUUUUUAAGGGAAUUAGGUGGGGGAUAUUAUCUUGCACAGGCCAUUUAUAAGUAUCAUUUUUGUAGAUUUUUGUUGAACCAAUAUUUGUAUCUUAAAAAAUGGUUAAUUGGGUUGGAUAACAUCGAGUCUGGGUGAUCAGUCUCAUU